GGAGUGAUCUGAUACGGACUACACCCUGCCGCUGCCUCACUGCCCUGGCUUUCUUUGCUGCCCCAGCCUUGACGUCGGUGAACGCGGAAGUGUGGGUUACAUUGGAGACUUCAAUUCGUCUGUAGGCUUUUCUCUGAAUUGAAAUUAAUUGGAAACCUUACUUCCAAAGCUGUAGGCAUUUUUAUAUAGCAUCAAUUUCUUGAACAUGUCUUGGCAAAGCUACGUGGAAAACCUGAUGGCCGAUGGCAGCUGUCAGGAUAGCGCCAUUGUUGGGUUUACGGACGCCAAAUAUGUUUGGGCAGCACAUGCCGGUGGUAUGUUCAACAAUAUCACGUCUCAAGAAAUCGAUGUCCUUAUUGGUAAGGAUAGAGAGACCUUUUACACCAGCGGUCUCACUCUGGGCUCAAAGAAGUGUUCAGUCCUCAGAGACAGCCUGCAUGAUGACGGGGACUGGACAAUGGACAUCAGGACGAAGAGCCAAGGAGGAGAACCUACAUACAACGUCUCUGUGGGAAGAGCCGGAAAAGUUUUGGUUCUUGUAAUGGGCAAAGAAGGGGUCCACGGAGGCGGAUUGAAUAAGAAGGCUUUCUCAAUGGCAAAAUACUUGAGGGAUUCAGGGUUUUAAUGUUUUCAAGCUCACUUAGAAAAAAUGAGGGACAAAAAAGAAGAGAAAAGAAAAUAUUGCUGUUAAGAUUUCUCCUGCAAGCAGUCAAAUGUCUUGGAAACUUUUAAUAGCAAUGAAGAGUGGUAAGAUACUGUGUCACCUUAGUUCCCCCCUCCUUCGUCCUGUCUGAGGGGGAGACUCUUCAACUUUGUUCAUUUCUCUUUUUUUCCUUGUGUGCUCCAGCAUUGGUUAUAGUCAUGGGAAAGGAGGCGAUCCAUGGUGGAACUCUUAACAAGAAAGCACAUUCAAUGGCUGACCACCUGAGGAAGUGUGGAUAUUAAGCAACCUCUCCAUCCAUUCAUCAACUUAACAGCGCAUUGUGUUGACACUACUUCCAGGAUUAGAUGGCAUACAAUGUUACUUCUUCCCCAGUCUACUUUUAUACACGCCCCCUUUUUUUUGGCUAAACUCCCCAUACACUCCUGUUUUUCUUUUACUUAAACCUUCCCCACCCCUACCAUUGUACUUCAGUGUUGGCACUAAAGUUAUGGCAUGUUAAUUGAAAUGUUUAUUAACCCAAAAUGUGCAAAAAAUGUUAGCAAAGUGUAAUAAAAGUGAAACACAAAAUUGGACUCGCCUUGUAUAACAUUCACCGGUUAAUAAUCCGAGGAGAAGUACAUAUGUAAUUGUGCUGACAGUUGCAUAGAUAUGCUUUGUGAGCAUUAUUAAAAGAUGCCAUUUUUGAGGUUGUUUUUUUUCAUCAGCAUGUAGGCAUAUAAAGGUUGCAUGCAUACUGUCUCUAGCAUACAAAUCCCAGUCCCUUGCCCUUUUUCUGUCCCUGCGUAAUAUUCCAGCCAAAACCAUCUUCUCAUAUCAUCACGCAUCAGUUUGAAAAAAGAAAAGAAAAAAAAACCUUCCUCUGACAAAGUCCUGUAUGUGAACCAAUGCUCCAUCCUCAAGCCCAACUAUUUUUGUUAACCCCCCCCAUCACAUGCUUUUGCUGUUGUACCUGAAUGUGGUCUUAAAAAGUUAAUGAUGUGGUGUUGGGCUGUUGUUUGAGUGUAGUUUAAGGUCAGCAUCAAGUUGUCAUGACACUUCAACACACCCGGGAUCCUCAGUGGACAUUCCACCUUUGUGACAGCUCACUCAACUUUUGCUGUACAUUUUUCUGAAAGUCAUCACACAUAAUGUGGAGUUAUUUUCCCUCCCCGCCUCCCCUUUGGACCAAUUGUCAGUAUAAAAGGAUGUUCAGAACUGCUUCAGCUUAUCCUGAUUGAUUGUUGGCAUCGCCUGUUGACUGUAAAUCAUAAAGACGACUCCAGAUGACUGUAAAACAUUUUACUGCUUCCUUAGACUUCAACACUACUUAAAUGUUUCAUCACUAAUUGAUUUGUUGCUAACUUCAUGUCCGUAAACCAAUGAAACAGCAUUGUCAUUUUACUACAGUACAAAUGCAUUUUGACUGUAAAUCCAGGCUGUUGGCCUCCAACACUUUGGAAAUAAUUUGCCUUGUGCUUUAGUCAUCAAAGGUGUAUUCACAAAUUGUCAUAGUACGGUACUUAGAGGUAUAUUUAAAAAAAAAAAACAAAAAAAAAAAACAAUGCUGUGUACAAUUAACAUAUUGAAAAUGGUGUUGGUUGGAAUAAGAACAUUUGUAAGUUGUCUUGUGAAAACUUUCUGAGAAUAACUAUUCUGUGCCAUAAAAUUGAUCUGAUCUGUUGCUACUACGAGUUGGAUUUUUAACUGCUGCCCUGGUAAGAAGUAACUUUUAAUGGCACUUCCCGAAGGGAUAUUUUGGCAUCAGUAAUCUCCAGACUUUGUUGACUAUGUACAGAAUUAAACAACGGAAAAAGAAAUUUGAAAUAUUUUGUCUUAUUUUUGUUUUUUUUGAGUUGGAAAAUUUCUUCUGCCACAAAAUCUGCUAUUUCAAAUGCCAUCAAUUGUUGAAGACGUCUUGUUUACAGAUAGAUCAAAUAAAAGUUAUUCCAACCAGA